GUGAGCCGGCCUGGGUUGCGACCAUCGUGGGGGUGAAACUGAAAGUGAAGUGCUCCGGCCGCGGGGAAGCGAGAUUGAGUCGCUGGCUCCUUCCCAUGAGCGCCUGAGUCACCCCGAGCAUGUCGGAUAGUUUCGACCGAGCUCCAGGUGCUGGCCGGGUCUGGGAUCGAGGUGGCGCUGCUCUCAGCGGCGCGGACGCGUCGGAGAGUGGUGGUGGGGCCUGUCCUGGGGGUAGUGGUUCCCACAGUACAGCCUCGGCCGAAAAGCAGCAUAAAACAGGCGGCCUCUUGCUGCAGCAGGAACCGUUGCGACCUCCGAAGACAGCGCCGCUGAGCACCGGAAACGCAGAACACCUGCAACAGGCAAGAAUUCCAUCUGGAUCACAAGGAAAAGUUUCAGUUCCUGAUUCUGGACCAGAAAUGGCUGAAUCUCAGGUGGCUGUGGCUCCUGUGGUAACAUCAAAGUUGUCUGUUAAAGCACCUGAGUUUUAUCCAUCAGGAUAUAACCAAAACUUUGCAGAUUCUUCCUUUGAAGAUGAAUAUGAUGGCUAUCUGACUUUGGCAGAGUAUGUACAAGACUUUCUAAAUCACCUUGCCGAGCAACCAGGUUGUUUUGAAACUGAAAUAGAGCACUUUGCUGAAACAGUGAAUGGCUGGGUCGCUGCAGAUGAAACUUUGCAAGAACUUGUUGAACUCAUAUAUCAACAGGCCACAUCUGUCCCAAAUUUUUCCUACAUGGGAGCACGGUUGUGUAACUAUCUAUCUCAUCAUCUAACCAUUAGUACACAAAGUGGGAGCUUUCGGCAGUUGUUACUUCAAAGGUGCCAAACAGAGUAUGAAAACAGAGAUGAAGCUGCCAAAGGAGAUGAGACUGCUCAAAAACAAUUUCAUGCCUUUGUGUUGUUCUUAGCCGAACUUUACCUUAAUCUAGAGAUUAAAGGAACAAAGGGACAGGUCACACGAGCAGAAAUUCUUCAAGAAGGCCUUCGGGAAUUACUAAAUGUGCUCUUCUCUAACCCUGUGGACAAUAAUUUGAUGUGUGCAGUGAAACUGCUGAAGUUGACAGGCUCAGUUUUAGAAGAUGCCUGGAAAGAAAAAGGAAAGAAUGAUAUGGAGGAAAUGAUUCAGAGAAUUGAAAAUGUUGUGUUGGAUGCAAACUGUAGCAGAGAUGUGAAACAUAUGCUUCUGAAAGUAGUGGAACUACGAUCAAGUAACUGGGGUAGAGAUCAUGAAACUUCUCCACAUACAAAAGCUACUCCUGAAAAUGACCCUAAUUAUUUUAUGAAUGAACCAACAUUUUACACUUCUGAUGGUGUUCCUUUCACUGCAGCAGAUCCGGAUUACCAAGAAAAAUACCAAGAACUGCUUGAAAGAGAGGAUUUGUUUCCAGACUAUGAAGAAAAUGGCAUGGCUUUAUCAGGACCUGGAGAUCAGUAUUUUCAUGAUCUUGAUAACAAGAUGGAUCCAGAAAUUGAAGAAGCAUAUGAAAAAUUCUGUCUAGAAUCAGAACAUAAGAGAAAACAGUGAGAUGUUACACAAUAACAUACGUUUAUUAAACCAGUUGUAGGUCUGGUUAGAGUACAGGGAGGCAAAAAACAUUUGUACCAAAAUGAGGAAGUUCACUUUCUAAAAGUACUCAAGCUACUCAAUUUCUAUUUUGUUAAACAGAAUCUUCCAAAAGUUGUAAACUUAUGCUCUGUAACUUAGUGUUGUGUAUAUAUCACAAUUUAUUUUAUGGACAGGUAUAUGAACAAUGUUUGGCUGCAAUAAAAUUGAUUUUAAAAGUAUCAUAACGGAAAUUAAAAUUUAAUGGGGACCUGUCCCAUAGGAUUACCUUUGGGGGGGAAAAAGAGGAAAAAUAAAUCAAUUUCAAUUUAAUUGCUUGCUUGGUUUAAUAUACACUAGGACAUAUCCUUUUUACCAUAUACUAGAUCUGGUAUUUAAUUUUUUUUUCUGACUAAAGAGCACAUGAUCAAUGACUUUUUUGGGACUUUUUUUCUGUAGAUCCCAAUCAUGAAAUCAUGAUAAGUGGUUUGUGAAGGGUUGUUUUUGUGGGGAGUUUUGGUUUUCUUUUUCCUUUUCCUUCCUCUUCCAAAACACAUAUAUGAAGUCUGGACUCUUUCCUAGAAUAAACAUGGUACAUGUUGAUAUGUGAAAAACCAAACAGUGUUUUGGAAAUCAUGUUCUUUCAAGACCUUUGGUUCAGGUAAGCUUAUUUUCAACUUUUACAAGCAAAAACUAUCCUGCAAUUUGCUGUGUUCUUCAAGACUACAUAAAUAUAUUUAUGUUUUAACCCAUGCUUCUCCAGGAGUAUGUGCAGUGCUUGGUAUAUUUUUUGAAACUAUCUAACAUGUCUAAUCUCUCAACAAUCCUUGUCACUUUCUCCAUUAUUCUAAUUAUUUUAUAUAGUUUAAUUUUGUAGUUUGAGUCAACUCAUAUUUCAUAAAUGUUGACAUUCUGAAGUCAACUGCUAGUUUUGUGAACCCAUAUAAUCAUGUUUGUCUUCCUAGGAUAUACCGUUGUAGUUGUUGCCAAAUUCAGUUGUAUUUCUUCCUAUUACCUGUUACUGGUUAGACUGAGUAGAACCCCUUAUGAAAAGCAAAUGGGAAAUAUUUCCCAAAAGGCAAUUGUAAAGAACAUGCAGUAUAAAUAUGCAUAUAAAUAAUUUUUUACUUAUUUGGUGAAAUGACUUGUGUAUCUGCUAAUACAGUGAGUACUGGGUGUUUAACAUACUCUUUUAAGUUGAGGUUUUAGAAAAAAAAAUUAACCAGCUUUGUUUCCUUUGGUAUAGCUUUCUCUAUCUUGUGUUUUUGCUUUAAAAUGCAAUUUUUUUUAUUUUUUUUUUUUUGCAUUGAAGUAUGCAUUUGUCCUGGUUACAGAGAGGAAGUGGAAUUUAGAGCCAUGUGGGCAUGGCUAAGUUGCUAUUCUCUAUCACCUACAUCAUUGCUGGGGAGUGUAGCUUUGGGGAGAAGAAAAAGUGAGCACACCCCUGGAAAUGGCACUGUCUCCCUCUUCAUUGGAAGGGGUUGCUGUAGUAUUGUUCACAAGGGUCCCAGGAUGAGGGAAGAGACAAGAAUGUUGACUCCAUGUAUCAGAGGGCUGAUUUAUUAUUUUAUGAUAUAUUAAAAGAAAAAGAUAUAUUAAAGCUAUACUAAAGAGUAGAGGAAAGGAUUUCAUCAGAAGGCUGGCAAGGAAUAGAAAGAAAUGGAAUGAUAAAAUCUUGUGACUGACUGAGACAGUCUGGACAGCUGGACUGUGAUUGGCCUUUAUUCCAAACAACCACGAGACCAAUCACAGAUCCACCUGUUGCAUUCCACAGCAGCAGAUAAUCAUUGUUUGCAGUUUGUUCCUGAGGCCUCUCAGCUUCUCAGGAGAAAAAAUCCUACGGAAAGGAUUUUUCAGAAAAUAUGUCUGUGACAGGUUGCUGGGAUCAGCCCUGUGCACCUUGUCCUCUGCCACAGCUGCUGCCCAUUCCCUUCCCAAUCCUCUGAGACACAGCUCCAGAAUGUGGUUCUGAAAAGCAGCAAAUGUAGCUAUGGGACAUAACUGAAAAGUGUGGAGAUUCUCAAGUGUCAGAAAAGCAGCAACAGCCACACAGAAUGGAGCCCAGGGGAGCAGUGUGAAGCAGUGGUGAAAAAGAGUGGAGCCAAGUUCAGUGUAGCAGUCUGAAGAGGCAGCAUGUUGCAGUGUGGAUGAUGUAACUUUUAGGGGUUUUUCCCAUCAUUGUUUUUUGUUGUCUCAAGCUCAGGGAUGGGGAGAGCCAAGUGCAGGGAGUGCCUGCCAUCUUGUCUUUGUCCCAGGGGGCCACAUGGACACAAGUGAUACCUGUGACUUAAGGGGAGCAUCUGCCUUCUUGUCUUUGUCCCAGUGGCUACACAGAACUAAGUAGAGGUGAUUAACACCUUCUGUGUGUAAAGCACCUUUUUUUUUUUUUAACAUGCUUUUGUUAUUAAUAUUGCUGCUGUUACUGUGGAUUUCUUAUUUCAUUGCUGUUUGGUUUCAGUAAAUUAUCUCAACCCAUAGUCUCUGCCUUUGUCCCUCUCUUAUCAAAGGGGGUAGGGGUGUGGAGAGGUGGCUACGUGACAAAGGCCACGUAGACAUGCUCUGGUUAGCUGACCAAGAAUUGGAAAAGUACCGGACCCAGCUAAUCUGAGCCCCUGCACCAGCAAGGACACGGUGGCCUUGAGCAUAGCUGUAGUAUGAUAACAAGAUGAUGAGAAAAGACAUGAGAAAAAGGAGAUGUAAGUCAUAAGGAAUGAGGAAGUAAGGAGGGGAACUGAUAUCUAUAGUAUAACCAAUAGAUUGCUUAGCUUACAGAAUAUGCAUGAGCUUAUUACUUGUUGUGCAUAAAUGUCUGAUGCUCUUAUCAAUAAAUGAAGCUUGCUGAUUCUCAUAUUGAGCAUCCCGAGCCUCCCUCACUGCGACAUAGGGGGAAGGGGAGUGCCUUAUUUGGAGUAUAGUUUCAAGCUGGUGUUAAACCACCAUGUUCAAUUGGUGCCCAACAUGAGGCAUGAUACAGUUGAGAUAACAUCUUUCAUCUAUGCCUUUGUGUAUUAGCUACAAAACCCCACUUACAAGGCUGCUUGGUCUGUCCACAUGGUUGUGGUACCUAACCCUGUAUAUACUCCUGUAUAUGCAUUAUGUGUCCACAGCAGUGCUCUUUUUCAGAGCAAGGAGAGAGAUCAGGGUUGCUUUGUUGUUGUACUGUGUGAUAUCAGUUUAUGAUGUGAUAACAUCAAGGAUAAUGGGGGUCAUUUGGGAUGAGUAUUCAGUGUUGCUCUUCUGUCCUGGCUUUGGUUACUACCUCUGAGAAUUCAUUAAUAAUAGUACCCAGCCUGUGGUGGGAACAGGAGAGGAUGAUUUUCCCCAGCCUUUCACCUCCUUCUCUUCUUUCAGGCCUGGUACAACAACUUUUGAGGAUUCUGAAUUCCCUUUAGGUGUUAAGGAAAGUAUGUUCUUGUUACUAAGUCUUCCAGGUCUCCUAAGUGUGGUCCACACCAUGUUUAGAGUCAGGACAGAGAUUUCUAGGGAAGUUGUCCCAAGAUCUGCCCCAGGGGAUGGAUAGUCAUGAGUUGCAUAGAAUGUGGGAGAAAAUGGGCCAGCUUUUGAUGGAGUAUUCUGCUCCAAUGGUUUGGAAGUUUACCCCUGAAAAACUAUAGGACCCUGAUAAAAUGGCAGAAUAUUUGAUUAAAAAAUACUAUGGCCAUUCCAGAGAAGCACAAAGUUAUGCAACAUGCUGGGCCCUGGCUACUGUUUAUCAGACACUGCUCAAUACUAGACAGCACCCUCAGGGGAAGGAGGAAGAGGAAAACAGAUCAACAGGCACUCAAACUCUGCAGCUGAACCAGAGAAACAACCCGUGCUGGUAGCAGUCACCCCUAUACAGAAGAAAAAAUCCAAGACCAAAUCAGUUUGCAUAGUGAGGGAUGAAGAGGAAGCAGGGCUCUCACAACUAAUGGAAGAGGCAGGGCCAGAGAUAAUCACCUGAUCCCUGUUCCUGGGUAAGCUGCGAGAUAUGUGAAAAUAUUUCAGCCACCAGUAGGGUGAGCCCCUGGUGACCUGGCUGCUCUGAUACUGGGGAAGCACAACCCACAGUUGAAACUGGAUGGUGGUGAAGCCAAGCAACUUGGGUACCUGUCCUGGGACGUGGCCAUUGACAAGGGGAUUAGGAAAAGGGCAGAAAUCCUCAGCCUCUGCAGGUGAUUCCUAUCAAGCGUGAAAGAAAGGUAUCUUUGCAAAGUUGAUCUAUCAGUGCACCAAGACAAGUGGAACACCAUGGAGAAAGGUAUUGAGUACCUGUUCUAGGGUGACGUUAUGAUGCUUGUAUCCCCAUUCGUGUGUUCUGUUUAUGCUGGAUAUUAUGUUCUGUGCCUUCAAGACUGUCUCGGAAGAGUGAAAGUUUUGUUUCAGUUUCUUAUCAGCCACUCCCCCACGGCUGGCGGGACACGGAGAUGGGACAGCACAUUGUGCUGCUUUUGCUUUUUGCCUGGCUUUUCGCUUUGCUCUUGCUCUGCUUCUGCUUUGCUUCUGCUUGCUCUUGCUUUUUGCCUCUUCUCAUUAGUUAGUUUAGCUAAAUAGUCCAAAUUUUUCCUGGACUGUUUCUCCUUUCCUUUUUGGACCUACUCGAACCUGCUCCAGACUGGGGCCUGGGAAACACCGAGAGUUUGCACCUGGUGGCCUGCAGCAGCUACCCCAGCGCCGGAGGGACUGAUAACAGAGCCACCACCCUCAGGAAAGACUUUCUGAAUUUGUCAUCUUUUUUCAGAGUGGUGAAAGAGUGGUGUCAUCUGGUAUUGUUCAUUUUGUGUGCUGGGGGGUGCUGUGCCUGUUAAAUAAACAGGUUCUUUCCA